CCGCGUGAUCUUUAACGCUUCUAAAAGAGAAGUUUUCACCAUGAAUAAUGGAUAUAAAUCAAUGCAGAGGGAACUACAAGCUCAGGGGGAAAUUCAGAGGUAAGUAAAGUGUUGAGCUGGAACCAAACAACUCGCUUCGGCUAGAAUAUUUGCUGGAGCUUGUCCAGUACUUUAAUGUAAUUUAACAGAACAAUAACUGAUGUGUUCCACAGCAUGAAACAUGAGCUGACUGCGAAGAAGCUGAAGGACGUCAAGUUGUUGAUCACUGCAGGUCCGAGAGAGAAGUUCACAGCAUCAGAGCUGGAGGUGCUGAAGCACUACCUGGAUGGAGGAGGAAACGUCCUGGUCAUGCUCGGUGAAGGAGGAGAAAUCAAAUAUGACACUAACAUCAACUUUCUCCUGGAGGAGUUUGGAAUACUGGUCAACAAUGAUGCUGUUGUGAGGAAUGUGUAUUACAAAUACUUCCACCCUAAGGAGGCGCUUGUGUCCAAUGGUGUAUUGAACAGAGAGAUCAGUCGGGCUGCUGGCAAAGUGGUCACAGGAAUCAUGGAAGAUGAACAUGUUGGGAACAAUGCACAGGCUCUGACAUUUGUGUACCCAUACGGUGCCACACUAAAUGUGAUGAAGCCGGCCAUGCCAGUUCUUUCUACUGGUUCAGACUGCUUCCCCCUCAACAGGCCGGUUUUGGCCUUCUAUCAAGGAAAGGAGGCUGGCAAACUGGUUGUGCUGGGUUCGUGCCACAUGUUCAGUGACCAAUACAUCGACAAAGAAGAGAACAGUAAAAUCAUGGAUGUCAUGCUCCAGUGGCUCAUGACUGACAACAUCCAGCUGAAUCAGAUUGAUGCAGAACACCCAGAGAUAACAGAUUACACCAUGUUGCCAGACACAGGGUUCUUGUCAGAGCAGCUCAGAGUGUGUUUACCAGAGGAUGACGUAGAACCCAGGGACUUCACCUCUCUCUUUGACAUGUCUUUGUUAAAUUUUUCACCUGACACCUCACCCCAAGUCAUCAGCGCCUACAAACAGCUUCGUGUCAGAGUCGAGCCACUUGAGCGGAUCACACCACAGUUUGAGAUUCUGCCUGAGCUUGAACCUGCUGUACAGUCGAAGACCAUAAGUUGUUCGCAAACUUCUUGAUGUGAUUCCAAACUGAGAUCAAGAUCAGAGGGAUUCCAAGCAUACCUUUAGAACACAUUUACCUCCAGGUUGAAGAGUUCCUUGCACAACAUCGUCAAUGAGGCAUGAAUGGCUCCGGUGUCAGUGGAUUGUUAUUCAUAAUUUUAAACUCUGCCUUUUCAACAUACAGGUUCAACAGUAGAAUAUAAUUCAACAAUAUGGUACUUUUGUGUUUUGAAUAAACACAUGUAUAUGAUGUUUAUAAUAUCUGUUUUGUAUUCAAUUGUGGAAAAACAUACUUUUAUUUAAAUUUUCAAAUAUUUAAAAACAUCUUGUUUUAGACUAACAAGUCUGCAUGAGUCCUCACCCAUGGA